GGGCCCCGCUGUUCACCCCCCAGAGGAGAGCACAUGCCAAGGGCCCAGGAAGACGAGGCUGCCCCUCCCGGGGGCGUUUCACUCCUUGCUGCCCCGAGCCAGCCUGGUGAAGGGCACCCGGGAGAGCGCCCCAGCGCCCGGCCUGCCCCGGGGGCCGCGCUCCCCCCAGGAAUGCCCCGGGGGCGCCCUGCCCGAGCCGCGCGGAGCCGGGGGAACAGGUGCAAGGCUGCCGGGCAGGAGCACUGAGGCCGCAGCUCCACCUUCCUCGCCUUAUUUACGGAGCGGCCACAUGCCCGAGCUAAAAGCAGCAGCCAUUCAAAGCACGGCCCCGCCGCUGGAGGGGACCCGGGGCCGCGGCGGCGGCCAGCCGGCAGCUGCCGCGCAUAAAAGUCAUGGGGCUGGGGGGCCGGCGGGAGCGCCAUGAAGGCCGGCGGCGGUGCCGCCUCCGACCCGGAGAGCGGCGGCAGCAGCGAGAGCAGCUCGGACAAGUCCCUGCCCCCCGCCGGGGGCCCGGGCAAGCGCAAGCGGAAGAGCCCCCGGCUGAGCGGGCUGAGCAAGCAGCGGCAGGCGGCCAACGCCCGGGAGAGGGACCGGACCCACAGCGUGAACUCCGCCUUCAGCGCGCUCCGCACGCUCAUCCCCACCGAGCCCGCCGACCGCAAGCUCUCCAAGAUCGAGACGCUGCGCCUGGCCGCCAGCUACAUCGCGCACCUGGCCAACGUGCUGCUCCUGCAGCAGGGCGAGGGGGCGGAGCAGCCUUGCCUGCAGUACCAGCCCCGCCUGCAGGGCGGCGGCCCCGCCGCGGCGCCCCGGCCCAUCUGCACCUUCUGCCUCAGUAACCAGAGGAAGCUGAACAGAGAAGGGGAGAAACACUUGUCUAUUUAAAGUUUAAGUGGACGUUGAAUCAGAUGAGAAGCUUGCACAAGUCUUGCACUGACUGUAGAACUGUUUUAGAUAACUUCUCUUUAUUCACAAUGUUUACACUGAAAUUAUGCAACAGUAAAAACUACUUUUUAAACUAUAAAAAACCCACUGCUAUGCACUUUGUUUUACAUUGUGACAGGUUGAUUCAGGGUGUUUUGCCAAUGAAACUGAACACUGUGGGGAGAGUUGCACCUGGUGUGGCUGCUAUUUUAAUGCAAGAAAUGUUAACCUAAGCAGCCAAGCCCUGAUCUUGAUGGCUCCUCAAUUUAUGUCACAUGAUGAAACUUGAGCUUUGAAACCAUACAGCGUCUCCUGUCACUAGAAGCUGUCCUAACAUGCCAUCCUCUGUGCCUUUAACCAAUAUUGGACUGUACAGUUGUACGCUCAUUUCUGUGAGAGAAAGUGGCAGCUGACACAUUGAGGGUCUUUGAAAUUACACUGAGAUUAUUUUAAGGUGCCCACCCAAAAGCCAGGAUACUCAUAAUUAAAAGUGACAUGUGCCUAGGUGUAGGGUGAGCUGCAAUACAACAGAAUGCCUCUUAGAGACAGCCAAGAUGGGAGGAGGUCACUAUCUCGGUCAGUACCCAGGAUAGCUGAGAAGUGCUGUGCAAGGGAUUUUUUUUUUUCAUAAUACACAGUGUGUGCUGUGCCAGUCCUCUAAAUAGUGUGGGAUCUUUCUAAAUUUGUUCUUGUUAAGCACAGAAUAGGGAGGGUUGCCCCCGGGCUCUCUAAAUUUAUCAGCGAGGUUAUUCCCACGAUGUACCUUUACAAUCACUGAUGUCAUUUAUCACUGUUAGUUUAUAAACUUGUAAACUUUAUUUGAAAUGGAGUUUAAAAAGCACAGCUCUGUCAUGGUUCCCAAUUUGGGCACAAUGAGAACUGAAAAAGCAGCUAAAAUAUUAAAUCUCCAUAUCCAGGUCAAUUUACAGUGGAUGGUUUAGAAAAUGGUAAGUUUUACCUACUUUUUGAAUUUGGAUACAAGUUUUAGCUCCCGGUCUCUGUGGGACUUAAGCUUUAAAAGAAUCAGACAUAGCUAGUGAAGCACAGAAUGACCCCAAGGAGUCAGGGCUAACAGUCCCUAAAUAAGCUUCUCCUGCCCACCUAAACAUUGUAUGUACCUUAAAAAUAUCAGCUCUGUGUGUUAUAUACCUCCCCUAAAAGCAAUAGAGGGAGUUGCUGCUUUUUGGGAUAGCAGUAAUGUAUGCCAUCCUGAGAGAGGCUUAUGCUGCACAGAGUAAUUGUCUUCCCACCACUACAGGUCACCACUUCUCAUGGUUGGCCACACCCUCUUGUAGAACUCUGCUGUCAUAUCAAAGCCAAUGUGGUGGGAUAAGGAAAGGUAAGCUGUAGCAGUUGAGGUGUUUAUUGUGUAGCUGACUUUCCUUCACCUCACUCCCCACCCAACACAUACAGAGCAUAUUCUGCAGAUUUUUCCAGUAAGACACACCAAAAAAAAAAAACGUAUAGGAGACCCCAUUAAUUUGGUCUUGGAACUUUGAAUUCCUGAUGCUCCCCCCCCCCAAGCCAUUUUGCAGUGCCACUUUAAGACACAUUCUGUUAUUUACAGAAGCUGUAGGAAAUUUCUCCUCCAACAAAAUACUGAUUCCAAUGGGACUAGUCAUGUUCUUCAAGUUGCACACAUGCUUCAGUGCUUUCCGGAGUGAGGUCUGAAUUUCCUGCUUUUAGUAUGCUGUUAUCUUUACUGCAUCCUUAGCACUCUUUCAGUGUAGUGAUUCAAACCGCUGCCAGAUUAACUUUUUUGUUUUGGUGUUGAUCAGUGUUUUCUGACAAAUGGGAUUUAUGCACAUUUUUAGACUACAUUUUUUAUUUUUGAGUGCAGAUUUCUGCAAAUAUGCCCGUCAACAUUUUGCUUUGUUUUUAAAAUGGUUUUGUAAUGGCUUAAACUGGAUGUGUAAGUUUUUAGAAGUUUUUAUAGUUUUAAAAGCAGAUAUUUUAAAUUGCACUGUAGAUUAUCUUGAAACAUGACUAAACUAUAUCAAAUGUUAGCUUCUUUAACAGGAAUAAACAGAUUCACUUAUAUAACAGUUGUAUCUUCCAUUAGGACACUGUAAGUGAUAAAAUGUUUAAAAAACUGCAAUUUCAAAUACUUUUUAGGUUUGUUUUAUAUUACAAAUAUUCUCUAAUUGUGGAGAUUCAUAAAGAAGCUGAACAAAAUAGUAAUUUUGGACUUUCAUAAACAUCUUAACUAACGUUCAUUUUUAAUAGAAUCUCUUGGCAAAUGUAGCAUAUUUACAUUUAGUAUGAUUGCAUUUUUAAGUUUUUAAAGGCAAUCAACAUUGAAAGGUGUGGUCCACUAUUUUUAAUGUAGUGUUAACAAAGCUUAUUACUUGAAGAAACUCAUGAAUAAGUGAUUUGCACAGUGCUAUAGUAUUUUUUUUUUAAAUGGGAUCCCACAUCCAUGGUAUUUAUGUGCUAUGUGUCAAACGUAUACAGGAUGGUUUUGCUCCUGCUUCCAUUUAAGUCAAUGACAAAAUGGGAGCAUUCUGCUUUUAAAAAAAAAAAAAGGGGGUGGGGGGGAGAAGAGGGACAUACUGCACACUGAAUAUGACUUGAUGUGGCAUUAAAUGCUGCAGUCCUUACUCAUUAAAACUGUUCACUUCAAGAGGACUGGGCCCAGUGUUUCAAUUAUUAAAUAUUAUUUGCAUUGUUGUAACACAUAGGUGCCAAUCUGACCUGCAGUGCAUUAGGCUCUGUGUUACAUGCAUAUAAACAUUACCUGCCCUCUAGAGCCUAUGCUGGUAAGAUUUCAUAGACACAGGCCCCAAUUCUGCGGACAGGUGUGAAUAACUUUAUGUAUGUGAGUACCAUUGAACUCAGUGGGGCAGAUACUCAGCUGGUAAAUUGUCAUAGCUCCAUUAAAGCUCUUUGACAAUUUGUUAACUGAGGAUCUUCCCCAGUGUCUCCACUCACAUGUAUUUAUGCAUGCAGAACUGAGUCGUUAUUGAUAAAUGGGUGCUCCUAUCAGCGUGAAAGAUCUGGCUGGUGGACACGGUAAUGACACUUCGUUUUCAAUAGACGUGGAUUAAUUUAACACUCAGGAGUCACAACUGAGGAAUGAAAAACUACAUUUAUUAGGAUGCUCACCAUUAUGUGUUUUACUGUAUUUACUCCAUAUGAACUUCUGUGUGCCUUAUCAAUUCUGUUUAAGUCAGUUACACAUUGUUUGUAACAUGCACGCACUUAGAUGUCUAAAACUGAACUCAUAUUUAGGCACCUAAAUAAAAUGAUUUUUCCCCCCCAAGAGGUGCUGAACACCCUCCACUCCCAUUGAAAAUAUUGAUUUUCUACGUAUAUAUUUCAGAAUAUUGUUCAUAAUUAUUAUAAGUGUACCUGAUUUAAACCCCUGUAACUCUUUUCCCUAUGUAGACUUGGCUUCAAGUUUAGUUAUAUCUAUUUUAUCCAGAGGCUCAUUGGUAAGACACAGAAGCUGGUCUCAAUCAGAUUUUAUUAAGUGAUCAUUUUAAAAAUUAAAUCCCCAUACUCCACAUCAUCAUAGCCACUGAAUCUGUUGCAAACGUAUAAAAAAAUGCCCACAAAAAGGACAAAUCAUAAUAUGAUUUGACUAGGUUUAUUAAACAAAGUAUUUGAACAUACUAUUUGAUUAUUUAUAAACUAAUCGGAAUGUAUGUCUGAAUGUUCUUUAAGGAGUUUUACUAUAUUUUAAAAUAAUUGUUCAAGCAGAAGUGUUUCCUUUCUAACGUCUACUUGAAAAAAAAAUUUAGCUCCUGUAUAAAAUCUAAAUUUGUUUGCAAAAUGUGCUAUUUUGCUAAAAUAAACUAUUUUUAUAACUUGUAUAAACAAUAAAAUGUUAGAGUUCUGGAGGUAUGCAUCUUUUAUUUCUCUAGCAAUCUCAUUGUUGAAAAUAUACACUGAGUACUGUAUGUUAAAAACAGAUAUUUCUUUGUACCUUCUAAAAGACUCUGUAUGAUAAUCCUUGUAUACUUAUUGCAAAUAGGGUUUUUUUUUUUUAAAUUAAAAUUCUGCAUUAGGGCUGGU